AUGGUCGUCAACCACUCCCCAAAGCUCGCCGAAGAAAUAAAGACCACCGUGAUUGAAAAGUCGGAUGGAAUGUUCUUUUUAGCCAAGAUGCACAUGGACGAGAUAGUAAAGACGCGAACUGCUCGUGCUGUCUACUCAGCACUUCACUCUUUGCCAAGUGGAUGCAAUGAUUAUUUUCAGGAGACGCUGAAGCGGAUUGAGACUCAGGGGGACAUUGAUCGUAACCUUGCGUGCCGAGUAUGGUCCUGGGUAGCUUAUACUACCAGGAAACUGACCAUACCAGAGAUCGAGCAAGCUCUGGCUGUGGAAAAAGGUGACACGUGUCUCAACAAGGACGGCUACAUUAAUCCGGACCUCGCUGUGGAAACAUGCGCGGGUUUGGUCGUAUUGGGUAACAAGCUAGAAGGCUUGCAGCUUCCAGAGGGACAAGACCCACGGGGUUUGGAACUCGUCCACGCUUCGGCGAAAGAUUUCUUCCAGCAACUCCCGGACGAAGAAGUGAGAAGAGCUCAUUCCAGAAUCGCGCAGGACUGCCUAACAUACUUAACUUUUGAAGACUUUGCCACAGGCGUCUGUCAGACAGGGUACGAGGUCUGGUAUCGACUCAAACAGUAUCCAUUCAUGUGGUACGCUGCGCAUCAUUGGGCAAUGCACUUCACUAAAAGUCAAGAUCCAGAGCUCGUCGGCCUGGUGCUGACUCUCUUGAAGCAGUCAAAUAAAGUGGCCGCACUUACACAAUUCUUGAUACAGCCUGAGGAAGCAAUGCGCCUUGAUUCGAAAUACUGGUCAUCAUUUCAGAAUUCGCCCUCAUCUGUCUCUGGCCUCCACAUUGCCGCCUACCUUGGCUUGGCUGAGGUCAUAAGAACUCUUCUUCGUCAAGGAAUUUCACAUUCGGUAAGGGAUUCAGAAGGAUCCUCAGCAUUGCAUUGGGCUGUAAGAGGAUCUCAGAAACAGACGAUCCAGCUCCUACUAGAGGAGGGUAUCGAUAAAGACAGUGCCGACGACAAGGGAAAUACAACCCUCUUUCUAGCAUUGAAGUCAAGGGAUGAGGAGGUGGUAGCAAAUCUCGUCCAUUGUGGGGCGGAUGUGAAAGGCCAAGGUGGUUGUCCAAACAAGGCUCUGGCGCUUGCCGCAGAAGAAAAUCUUUCGGACAGCUUCUGCCUUCUCCAAGAGGCAGGUGCGCGGAUCUGGAGCGAUGAUAGCAACGUUGAACUCACUGAAGAAGAACUUGAGGCUCCUAAUACCAAAGUGCUGGAGAACAUAUGCACAUGGAAGAUGAAACGUGCCCUACACCAGACUCUGACCAAAGAGCUGCGUUUUGCGCAUAGCGAUUCUGAAGAAUUCUUAUCCGCGCUUUGGCCACCAGAAGCAAGCAAUCCGAAAAGUCGCGAACUCGAUCUUCUCCGUGGUGCUUCAGAAGCCACAUCAACCUUUGAUCAUGUCGAGUCAACUAAUAGGAAGGCCGAUAGUACGCCUCUCUUUUUCGCGAUUGAUCAAUUCAGCAAAUCUGAAUGGCUUGAGAAGGAAUACGUUUUUUUCUGCGCCGCUGCUUCUGCCGGGCACCAGCAAUUAUGUCGAUGGCUACUGCAAAGAGGGAAGCCCUCUGCUUGUUCGCUAAGGAGAAUCGAUUUGCGCACGUGGACGGCGCUCCACCAUGCUUCCGCUACGUCACACAUAGCUUUCCAACUUCUCCUUCAGAACGGCGGAAAUCCAUUUGCUUACUCCAAUGGUGGUGACAGCGGCUAUGGCAACUCGAUUCUGCACAUAGCGGCAUCAAAAGGACCGCUUUCUGUUAUUGAAGCCGCGAUUCGCGUCGGCAUAGAUGUAAACGUCAGACGAGUUACAGGUUUACAAAUAAACUGGGUGGAGUAUUGUCACACGCCACUUAACGAAGCCAUACCGGACCAGAACAAGGUCAAAUUCCUCCUGCAACAGGGAGCUGAUGUUCACCUCAGAGGAGACGGGCGGGCGACCGUCUUGCAUUUCGCAACGCAACAUCCAUUAUCGCAGCUAGAACUCUUUGAAUUAUUCAUCGAUUUAGGCGUUAAUGUUAAUGCUAGAGACAGCUAUGGGCGCACAGCCCUAUUCAUUGCUGCGACUCGGCGAACCGAGAUCGCCAUCGAUGCAUUGGUACGCGGUGGUGCUGAUGCAAGCAUCCCUAAAUCUAACGGCAUGACGCCAUUGUACAGUCUCCUAGAUGGUUGGGACCCUUCUGAGUUGUCUAAAGAGCGCAUGUGCGGUAUGGUAGAGAACCUUUUAAAAGCCAGGGCAGACGCGAAAUCUGCCGAAUCGUGCUACCCUUGCAAUUCCAUCCUCCACAAGGCAGCUUAUGCUGGUGCGCACAGCGUUGUCCAGCUCCUCCUCGAUGCAGGUGCUGAUCCGGCUGCCGAAAACAGUUUAAAGAAAACGCCACUGGAUACUGUCCUAAUGAGACUGGACAAGUUAGAUGAUAAUGAUCCUCCAUCUCUCAAACUUGGAUUGGCCGCCACCUACAGGCUGUUAAGUGAAAGGACCUCGAAGUCAAGAAUGGACGAACUUGGCGGGCUCCUGUCGGAUAUUCUUCAUCUCAGCAGUCAGUCUACUGGAGGAGGCAACUACAACAGGACAGGAGCUUCGUGA